GCUUGACGGCUCCGCGGUACAAACAGCCGCUCCCGGACUCCUCCAGAGUCGGCUGUGGACCGGUGCGGGGCUGCAGGACGGGUCCACAGCACCGGGACAAAACAAAACCUCCAUUCAGGAUGGAUGGAACUAACGACACCGGGAACAAGAGGCAAAUACCAAGAAAAAAACCACCACUGACCGCAGAGGAUUUGUUCUCUCAUUAAAAUGUUAAAUUUUUUCUCCAUGCAUCAGCCAGCUCAUUCCAGGCUUAUGUGGCUGAAUAUUCACUCAUUCCAAGACACAGUCAGACACAAGAGGACAAUAUGGACUGCCUGAGAGAGUCAGAGCACUUGCACACAGAUGAGUCACCUGUGAGUGGCAGAUGAUGUAACGGCGUCUAGAACAGUCUUCCAGCAGACCAUGGAGCUAAUGGGAACAACAGAGCGGGGAAAAGUGCUUUUAAUAAGCUUUUGACACUCAUUCAUUUAUUUUGCUUGUGACAGAACAAGUUAAAGUCUCAGACAGUUCAGAGGAAAUGACCUAAUUCAGAUUAAAUGACCUCACACUGAUAAGUAGCCGCCUCCUCACUGGGUGAUGGAACACAAUCACAAAUGGACUCUUACCAUUGAGGCUGGAGACUGUGAGGUUACAUGAUAAUUCUGUGUGUGCCGCUCUUUAACUCAGAGGAGUGACUGUUGAUGCUACGUGCAGCGAUGUUGCGACGUGGACUGCUAGCCUGGGUGUCCCGUGUUGGCGGCAUUCUGGUUCUCCUCUGCUGCUCCCUGUCACUCCUCUAUGUGAUGACGUGUAGCCCUCCGCACUCAGACGACCCUCCGUUGAGUCACCGCGCGGGACCCAACCACCCCAGCCUUGGAGGCACAGGUCCGGGUAUUGGAGCAGGGGCUAUUGGGCCAGGAGGAGCUGGAGCUGGGCCUGUCCAAAGUGGUGGCCCUCCAGGUGUCCACUCCUACCAGGUGCUCCUCCAAGAGCGUGAGGAGCAGCAUCGCCUCCACAUCUCCUCUUUGAAGAAGCAGAUAGCUCAACUGAAGGAGGCAUUGCAGGAGCGCAGCCAGCAGCUGAAAGGAGUGCAGGAAAGCCUCAAAAGAGCAGUCGGGGGCCCAGGAGAGGUACAUGAAGUGGGCGCUGGAUUACAGGGAGGUGGCCUCGGGGAUGCUCAGGGAGCCAAGAGCCAGCAGACAGACCUCCAAGAGUUUCUGAGGGGCCAGCUGUCAAAAGCUGAGGUGACUGCUGGCACCAGGUUGCCCAGCGAGUACGCUGUGGUGCCAUUCGAGAGCUUCACACUGCAGAGGGUCUACCAGCUGGAGAUGGGGCUCACACGUCAUCCCGAGGAAAAGCCUGUGAGGAAGGACAAGCGAGAGGAGCUGGGGGAGGUGCUGGAGAUGGCUUUGCACAGCCUCAACACACCGUCUUCCCAGCUGGACAGCAGGGGAGCAGCGGAAAAGACUCAAAGCAGCAAAGUCUACACUCCGUCUGACUUCAUAGAAGGUAUCACUCGUACAGAAAAAGACAAAGGGACGCUCUAUGAACUGACCUUUAGAGGGGAGUCGAGUCAUGAAUUCAAACGUCUGGUCUUCUUCCGACCCUUCGGACCGCUGCUGAAGGUGAAAAAUGAGAAGGUGGACACAUCGAGUGUCCCGAUCAACAUCAUCGUCCCGCUGUCCAGACGAACAGACAAGUUCAAACAGUUCAUGCACAACUUCAGGGAAGUCUGUGUGCGUCAGGACGGCCGGGUCCAUCUGACAGUGGUGUAUUUUGGGAAAGAGCAGAUGAGCGAAGUCCGCAGCACUCUUGAGAACACAUCCAGGGAGGCGAACUUCAAGAACUACACUCUGCUGCAGCUGGACGAGGAGUUUUCUCGGGGACGGGGUCUAGACGUGGGGGCUCGAGCUUGGAAGGCAGGGAACGUGCUGCUUUUCUUCUGUGACGUGGACAUUUACUUCAACGCCGACUUCCUCAACACCUGCCGACUCAACACACAGCCCGGUAAAAAGGUGUUCUACCCGGUGUUAUUCAGUCAAUACAACCCCACUCUGAUCUACGGCAGUCCAGAGCACGUCCCACCUGUGGAGCAACAGCUGGUGAUCAAGAAAGACACAGGCUUCUGGAGGGAUUUCGGUUUCGGAAUGACAUGCCAAUACAGGUCCGACUUCAUCAACAUAGGAGGUUUUGACAUCGACAUCAAAGGCUGGGGUGGUGAAGACGUCCACCUCUACAGAAAAUACCUCCACAGCAACCUUUUGGUGGUGCGAGCGCCGUCGCGAGGUUUGUUCCACCUGUGGCACGAGAAGCAAUGCGCUGAUGAGCUCCCUCCUGACCAGUACCGCAUGUGCAUGCAGUCCAAGGCAAUGAAUGAGGCCUCGCACGGUCAGCUGGGGAUGCUCUUCUUCAGGCACGAGAUCGAAGCUCACCUACGCAAGCAAAAACAACAGCAAAACUCAAACCCCAAGAAGACAUGAAGUCCCAAAGCUGUGACUGCAGCGACUGAAAUCAGUUACACCAGAGCAGGUGAACUCAGCCGGUCAGAACUUGAUUUUCCUUCAUUAUUUGCUUUCUUGUUGAGAUUUAGAUACAAAGAUACUAAAAAUGUGAAGCGACAGAAUGAAGAUGGCGUAGCUUCGCACAAAGACCGGAAACAACAGGAAAUGGCUAGCCUGGUUCUGUCAGAAGGUUAAAUACAGCUGCUUACUCAUUAAUUAAUCUGCACAUAAAAGAACCGAUUGCUCAACUAUUUGAGUGGGCAACCCGUAAAUAGGGGCUAUAGUCCCCGAAGUUGUGGUCAUAGAUUCAAAUCCGACCCACAUUUCCUGUCUCUCUCUCCACUGUCCUCUAUCAUAAAGGCCAAAAAAUUACUUAAAAGAAAAUGACAACCUCUGAUGUUUUAAGUAUUUUUUGUGUUGGACUGUUUCUUGCCGAAAACUGAAAUGAUGAAGAAACAGAAAGAUAUUUUUAACCUUUAGACAGAGCCAGUUUAGCUUUUACAGUUUUCAGUCUUCAUGCUAAGCUAAGCUAAGCUACCACAGACUGAAGCUCCAUAUAAGAGAGGCAUCAACUUCAUCUAACACUCGGCUAGAAAUCAGAUUGAUAGUUCCCAAAACUGUUCCUUUAAUGAAAAAUGUGAAGACUUUUUUUUUAUUUAAAAAAGACAACUUUAUGAGGACAUAACUUCAAGAUACAAUCAGUUAAGCCUGACUGAAGUGCUCGAGGCAUGGAUCUGCACAACUAGAGCGAAGGUUUGUUGGACAUUAUUCAGCAUAUUUCCUGGAUCAUCCACCUGUAAUUUAAAGUCUUUUCAAAGCUUUUUAGAACAAAGCAUGGAGACUCAUUUUGAACUAUAACCUUGUGCCUUCUGUGAAUAAAAUCUGGACAUUGUCUCUUUUUAUGGUCAGUGAAAACUAAACCUCCCUGCAGCUUUCAUAUGUAGGGAAAUGGAGCCACCCAGUGGACGGAACGUGGCCUGCAUGUGGCUGAACAAUCAGUGAAGGACUCUUAAAGCCUGGAAUGGCCUUGUAAAACAUGUUUUUUUAUAUAAAUUAUUGAUCGAUAACCUCCAUUAUUUUAUUUAUGCUUAUUGCUUUUUUGUAAAGCCCACAUGUUGUCAGGUUUUUGUUUUUCUUAUUCCAUCAGCAAUUGUUGCCUGGACAGUAUUAUGUUGAGAUUAUUCACCUCCAUAAUGAAGUGAAAAUGGUGCUGAGUGGCAUAAAUGAAAUUAUCUCCAGAUAUUUGUCAGUGACCUUUAAAUAUAAGAUGUAUGUGUUUAUGCCCACAAUGCAUUUAUAGAUAAGUUAAUUUUAAAGUGUUUAAUUUAGGACAAAACAUGCAUAAACAUGUAGAGUACUUUGUGUUUAUGUGACAUUACUAAUUUGUCAACACACAAAAGUAAUGUAUAGAGAAAGUAAAUUAAAAUUAUUGACACUGACGAUGACUUGACAAGUCAGAAUGAGACUAUAAUAUUUUUAAUUUUAUGUCAAAUGUGAUUUGUGUAAAAAAAAAAACAGAAUGAAAAAGAGAUGGGAAAAUCCGUAGGGCAAUAAUGAAGGAAAAUGUGAUGUAACUGUCGCAGUUACCAGAGAUGCUGCAGGUGACCAUCCUCAUCAGCUGCCUCAGUGGUUAUAUUCUGUUUGUUUUAAUGUAGUCGCCCAGAAAGAUUUUCUUCUCUCAAUAAAUGUUCCAGCACUUCCUCAGUCCUUACAGGAAACUAAAACAAGCUAUUUUGUUUUGUUUUUUGUCUGAAAAGAGGCACUUUUUGACUUGUAGUUGAAGCAUUCCUUGAAACAUCAGAUGACUUGCUUUAAUUUUUCAAGUUUUUUUAAACUUUAUGUAAAUGAGUUAAAUAAACAUUUUUGCGCAUUAUGUA